CAGGAUGGAACCGUGCGGCACUCCAUUCAUCACUUCUUUCCAGGAUGAAGUGGAAGCAUUGCCCUAGGAAAAUAGCAGGAAUUAUUAUUUCAUGCAUGGCUGGUAGACUGCAUUGGUUGAUCACAAGCAAAUGCAGCCUGAGUUGUCUGGAUUGAGGAGAGAGAAAAGAAGAGAGCAUCUGAAUAGAACAAGGAGAGCAAAGUAUGCUGAGGUUCAUAUACAAUAAAGUAGAAAUGUCUUCGCAAAGGGGUAAAAUUCAGACAGUAUUGGGCCUUCUCAAGCCAAGCCAGCUUGGUUCAACUCUGACCCAUGAGCACUUGACAAUGAGCUUCAGUUGCUGUUACUACCCUCCUCCUUCUGGCCAGGAAGAACUAUCAGAAAAAUCCAUUGAAAUGAAGAACUUGUUUUGGCUUAAGCAGAACCCGUACAGCAAUAAAGAGAAUCUUCUAUUGUAUCAGGAGACAGAUGCUGUGAAGGAAGAACUGUUGCAUUACAAGGCAGCAGGUGGUGGAGCCAUUGUGGAAAAUACAACUACUGGGCUCAUGCGAGAUGUGAAGACCCUGAAGCAAUUUGCAGAGGAAACUGGAGUCCAUAUUAUUGCUGGAGCUGGUUUUUAUGUGGAUGCCACCCAUUCUCCUGAGACACGAGCUAUGUCCGUGGAACAGCUGACAGAUGUUAUCAUUAAUGAGGUUCUCAAUGGAGCGGAUGGAACCGACAUCAAGUGUGGUGUAAUAGGAGAAAUUGGCUGUUCUUGGCCUCUGACGGAGAGUGAAAAUAAAGUUGUUCAGGCAACAGCACAUGCCCAAUCCCAGCUUGGCUGUCCUGUUAUCAUCCAUCCUGGCAGGCAUAGUGAUUCACCUUUCCAGAUCAUGCGCGUUUUUCAGGAAGCUGGGGGUGAUGUCUCAAAAACUGUAAUGUCUCAUCUUGAUAGGACUAUUUUUGAUGAAAAGAAGCUGUUGGAGUUUGCUCGGCUUGGAUGCUAUUUAGAGUAUGAUCUUUUUGGAACAGAAUUCAUUUCAUACCAGAUGUGUCCUGAUAUUGACAUGCCAAGUGACAAUGAAAGGAUUUUAAGGAUUCGGAUGCUGAUUGAUGAAGGCUAUGAAGACAAACUUUUAAUUGCACAUGACAUACACACAAAGAACAGACUAAAGAAAUACGGGGGUCAUGGCUAUUCCCAUAUACUUGAAAACAUUGUUCCCAAAAUGCUUGUUAGAGGCAUAUCCCAAAACCAAAUCAAUCAGAUUUUGGUAGCCAAUCCCAAGCAAUGGCUGACUUUUAAGUAGGAAAAUGUAGAUAUUACUGUGAUCAGGGUUGCUUCAAUGAAAUAGGAGCUGAGAAGGCUUGAAAUAUUUGGAAGACUCCUACAACUUUGGUAAUUAAUUAAUCCUUACAAAAGGCUACAGUAUCUUAUCCUGUUCCAGAGUGGUCCACUCUUAAAGAAUUAUUGUACCUACUGAUAUCUUUGUUGGACAAGUAGGGUAGAUCCAGUACCCUUGAGAAUGGCAUCAUAGUGUGCAAUGACCAUGAAUUGUGUAGAAAUUAUGAUUGUACUGUCCCAGUUAAGGGUGAGGUGGGGUAUUGGGCUGGGGCUAAAGUAUCAUGUUUGGAACUCUGAUUCUGGCUAGAAUUCAUUAAGGUUCAUAUGUUGUGGAUAAGGUGUCUACACAUAUACAGGAACAUUUGUUUUUGGUGGAACCCUUAGAAUGCGUAAGCUAUUUUUCUGGAAUUCCUAUGAAUUAGAAAAGGGAAACCCUGGUGCAUGUUCAUCAGCAUGUCCUUUCUCUCCAUGGGGCUGCUGAGUUAACACAGUUGGCUUCUAGGGUUGUGACAACUCUCUGCUGAAGUGGCUCUUCUCAAAUAGUGAUCUGAAUGCUACAGACACAUAAAAAUAUUAGCCUUUUGAAGUUGCUACUUGAAAAAGCUUGUAGCUCAGUGCCAUGCAUGUUUACCCAGAUAUUCACAAUCUAUUUUCGUAUAAAUACACAUAGUAUUGCAACUUGGGAUUUCUACCUGAUAUUGGAGCUGUAUUGAUAUUUACUCAGAAAAUAGGUCCAUUCCAUGGGGUUUAUCCCAAGUAGGUGUGCCUAGAAUUUUAGUCUGAAAUUGCCUCUCAGACAGGUUAAUUUUUUUAAAAAAAUAAUAAUGAUCCAACUGUACUUUAAUGUUUAGGUAUACAUAUGUCUAAAUAGCAUCCACAUAAAAUGAAGUAAAAAUGCCAGAGCUUGAAAUGUUUUCAGUGAAGUUUUUCAAUCAAGCAUAUUUGGAAAUACCGUUGUAAGGAAUAGAAUAGAAAAUGUCCACAUCAGUAAAAUGAAUGCAGUUGAGAAAACUUAAGUCUCAAAAAGAAAAAGAAGGGGGUGGGGGGAAAGGUUGCUACUGAACCUCUGGUUCCCUGUUUAUUCAUACACUACUGUGUUGGGUUUAGGGGAAAGGUAGGUAGAUUCCUUCCCUUGUAGGUCCCCCACGACCUUCUAGCAAGGAAACUAGUCCAAUGUGGGCUAGUGGAUCUGUAAUUGGCUAAAUGGAUGAACCCAGAAGGUGCUCACCAAUGCUUCCUCUUCAUCCUGGAAAGAAGUGACGAGCGGAGUGCCGCAGGUUUCCAUCCUGGGCCCGGUCCUAUUCAAAAUCUUUAUUAAUGACUUAGAUGAAGGGUUAGAAGGCAGGAUCAUCAAGUUUGCAAACGACACCAAAAUGGGAGAGAUAGCCAAUACUCCAGAGGACAGGAGCAGGAUUCAAAACAAUCUUGACAGAUUAGAGAGAUGGGCCAAAACUAACAAAAUGAAGUUCAACAGUGACAAAUGCAAGAUACUCCACUUUGGCAAGAAAAACGAAAUGCAAAGAUACAAAAUGGGGGACGCCUGGCUUGAGAGCAGUACGUGUGAAAAAGAUCUUGGAGUCCUCGUGGACAACAAGUUAAACAUGAGCCAACAGUGUGAUGCAGGAGCUAAAAAGGCCAAUGGGAUUUUGGGCUGAAUCAAAAGAAGUAUAGUGUCUAGAUCAAGGGAAGUCAUGGUGCCUCUCUAUUCUGCUUUGGUUAGACCUCACCUGAAUACUAAGUCCAGUUCUGGGCACCAAUGUUUAGAAGAGAUAUUGACAAGCUGAAAGGUGUCCAGAUGAGGGCAACUAAAAAGAUCAAACGUCUGUAGACCAUGCCCUAUGAGGAAAAUCUUAAAGAGUUGAAUGUAUUUAGCCUACAGAAGAGAGGAGACCUGAUAGUCACCUACAAAUAUGUGAAAGGAUGUCAUAAGGAAAAGCAAUGGGUUCAAAUUACAGGAAAGGAGAUUCCACCUGAAUAAUAGGAAGAACUUUCUAACUGUAAGACCUGUUCAGCAGUGGAACUCUCUGCCUCAGAGUUUGGUGCUAGGUAAUUCUUUAGAGGUUUUAAACAGUGGCUGGAUCGCCAACUAUCAGGGGUACUUUGAUUGUGCUUUUCCUGCAUGGCAGAGGGUUGGACUAGAUGUCCCAUAUGGUCUCUUCCAACUCUCUUCUCUGAUUCUAUGAUCUGCUUUGGGUACAUAAAGCAAACCCUGCUAUGACUUUGGCUGUUACAAAGAAUGAGUUUCACUUCCAUGGUAGGGAGAUAUGUAAUACAUGGCCCUGGAGUGGGGAGGUCCACUCUAACAGUCCUCCAGCAUCCAUCAUCCCAUAUUCUUGACCAAAAACACACUGACAGGACUCCUUUCAGGGGGUAUCACAUGCUGUUUUACCAUAAGUGAGUGUAUACAAAAUAUCCUCUCCAUCAAAUCCAGUAGAUAGUUUUGUUUGACAUGGAACCUUCAAGCCAUGUAUAAGCCGAGGGCAGGUUUGGGCACCAAAAUUAAGGAUUUUGAUAUGACCUAUGGAUAAGUAUUGUCUUCCCACAGAGGUGAAAGUGUCAGAGCCAUUUUAAGAAACCAGGUGCCUCUGACCGCCUCAAUUUUCCUGCCCAGGCAUCCAAAACGUCCAGAGGAGGCAUCAUGGUUGGGAUAGCAGAAGGGGCUUUUUUCAUAUUCUGUUGGAAAGGACUAAGGUGUUGCCUUUGCCAUUCUAUUCAGAGAGACAAAAGGUUAUUUAUUUGAUAAGAGUUAUGGUAUAGUUGUUACAUUGAUCGGGUUUUUGGGGUCAAUUUUUGACUAAAAUUUCUAGACUUAUAAAUGGGUAUAUACAGUCAUUUCAUAAUCGCCUUUGCAAGUAGAGAGGCGCCUGCCUGCUAUGUGGGGUGGCAGAGAGAGAAGUGGAGAAAGACAUGAGUGCAAGAGAAGAGAGUAGCGGAAACUGAGGACACGUUGCCUGCUUUGGACUGUCCUCAUGUAAUUCACACACGCACACACAAAGGUGGCUUCUAGUCUUUGAAACCUUGAACCUUUGACAGUUAAAGAGUUUGACCACCAUGAAGUUAAGUGUAUGUUUCUCAAAAAGAUCAGUUUAAUGUAUACUCAUGUUGAAUGGAAAUAAGUCAUUGCAUCAGACUCAUACAUUGGUACCAUUCUCAGAAGAAUGUAGGUGGUAUCCUCUAAUAAAAAGCAAUCUUUUCAGAUAUGUUGACUUGCAAUGAGAGACAAUUUUAUGAUACAUAGAUGGACUGAUGGAGCCUCCUUUGUGAACCUGAACACCUUCAAAAGAAAGGGAGAAGAUAAUGAUUCAACAUAUUCUGUUUAGAGAGAGGAUUUUCUAUCUUUUAAUACAUGACUGACACAUAUCUUGAAAUGAAAAAGACUGGAAACAUGUUAAACCUUAUUUUCGGCUUUUUUUUUUCCUCCUGGGCUAUUCUGUUAAGCUGAAAUUAGGUAUGCAGUCUAUUCAGCUUCUUUCCAUAUAAAUAAAUGUUCAGGCUGCAAUCUCGUACACAUUUACCUAGGAGUAAAUCCCAUUGAUGGAGGAUUUACUUCAUAGUAGAAAGGUAUGUUAUUGUGCUACAUAUGAACUUUGUAUUCAUGGCAGUAGAUCCCUUACCUGUUGAUCUUAGAUAUACUAUACUUCUAGGUAAUUUCAAUUUGAUUUUACUUUGACUUGAAUGUAUUUAGGAUGCAACUAGGAAGCAUACAAUAUCAGAAAAAAUACUUCACAGAUGAAUUUUAUGGUACAAUUUAAGACCUACAAUCCAUGUUAUAAAUUGUAUGAUAUUUUUUAAAUAAUUGUCAGAACAUGUUAUUUGUAAAAGCAUUAUCAAGGGAUUUUUAAAUGAAGAUAUAACAGAAAUAUUUGCUGAGCCUUUUGAUAAGAAAAAUAGGCAUAAAAUAAACAUUUGUUUUCCACA